UGAGGCCCGGCUGCCCGGGCUUAUGUAAAGAGGUCACUGUCCGCUCUGCUGCGGGGCGCACGCGGAUUCCUGCACAGGUGUGGCGGUGCGGGUGCGGAGUGUAGGGAGUUAGACUCGCCAGCCUCCUCUCCCGCGGCGGCUCCGCUUCCCCUUCCGGCUGCUCACUUACUCUCCUCAUCUGCAUGUGUGACAGCGGUGUGCGGACUGGGGAAGGACAGAGCUCCUUCUCCCCUGCUCCCCGCGCCGCCAGGCGGGGGCUCCGAGUUCCCCGGUAAUGCGUCGCCUGCGCCUCGCCGCCGCGCUCCUCCGGCCUCGCGGUGGCCAGGCGUGGACGCUGCCGGACCGCUGAGACUUGAGGGACGGUGAAGCGCUGGCCGGCGUCGGGCGGGAGCCUGCGCUCGGGAACGAGAUGGAGGCGGCUCGAGGAGACGCGGGAGCCGGCACCGAGUAGCCGGCGGACCCCCGGGCUCGCCAGCCCCAGUCACCCGGGAGCUGUGCGAGCGUGCGGCGGGCGGGGUCCCCGGGGCUGCUAUGGAGGUGCCUAACGUCAAGGACUUCCAGUGGAAGCGCCUGGCACCACUGCCCAGCCGCCGGGUCUACUGCUCCCUGCUGGAGACCGGGGGACAGGUCUAUGCCAUCGGGGGAUGUGACGACAAUGGUGUCCCCAUGGACUGCUUCGAGGUCUACUCCCCCGAGGCUGACCAAUGGACUGCCCUGCCCCCACUGCCCACAGCCCGAGCUGGGGUGGCCGUCACUGCCCUGGGGAAGCGGAUCAUGGUGGUCGGGGGUGUGGGCACCAAUCAGCUGCCCCUGAAGGUCGUGGAGAUGUACAACAUCGAUGAGGGCAAGUGGAAGAAAAGGAGCGUGCUGCGUGAGCCCGCCAUGGGCAUUUCUGUCACGGCCAAAGAUUACCGAGUAUACGCGGCAGGCGGGAUGGGCCUGGACCUCCGUCCACACAACCACCUCCAACACUAUGAUAUGCUCAAGGACAUGUGGGUGUCACUAGCACCCAUGCCCACCCCAAGAUAUGCUGCCACCUCCUUCCUCCGAGGCUCCAAGAUCUAUGUGCUGGGAGGACGACAGUCCAAGUAUGCAGUCAAUGCCUUCGAGGUCUUUGACAUUGAGACUCGCUCCUGGACCAAGUUCCCCAACAUCCCCUGUAAGCGGGCCUUCUCCAGCUUUGUGAACCUGGACAACCACCUGUACAGCCUGGGAGGCCUACGGCAGGGUCGGCUCUACCGGCAGCCCAAGUUCCUGAGGACGAUGGACGUGUUCGACAUGGAGCAAGGGGGAUGGCUGAAGAUGGAACGCUCAUUCUUCCUCAAGAAACGGCGAGCAGACUUUGUCGCCGGUUGUCUGGGUGGACGAGUGAUAGUGGCCGGGGGACUUGGAAACCAACCCACUGUCCUGGAGACAGCAGAAGCAUUCCACCCAGGGAAGAACAAAUGGGAGAUCCUCCCUGCCAUGCCCACACCUCGCUGUGCCUGCUCCAGCAUUGUCAUCAAGAACUGUCUCCUGGCCGUGGGGGGUGUCAACCAGGGUCUGAGCGAUGCAGUGGAAGCAUUGUGUGUCUCUGAUUCCUAGCUGUCCCUGGCCUAGCACCUUUGCCCUGGACCACACCACUCUACUUCUGACAUGAGGAAUGAUAUUGUCAAAACAGUUCGGGCUACUUCCCAGGAUGCCAGCUCCUUAGAGCCAGUUAGGCCAUGGGGCUCUAAAUCACCUCUUUCUAUCUCCAAAGCCCAUCCCAGAAAACUAUAAGUGCACAUGACUCCACCAACCCCAGGUUAGGAGCUGACCUUUGGGGAGAGUCCCCCCACUUAGCGCACAGGCACAGAAGGGCACAGGAAUCUCUCCUGCCUCUCUCUCUUGUGAGUUCCACCCAUGUCCAGGGAGCAGACAGGGCAGUUUUGACUCAGAGAUAAGCCACGAUUGCUGUCCUUUCCCCAGCUCUGAACUUAUUUGAGGGUCUCUUGGGAUGAACAAUGGGGAAGCAUCGGGGUAGAUACCAAACCCCUUUUCUCUUCCUUUGUCUACAUCUCUUCCCCAUUUUGUAGUCAACUGUGGGCCUGCCCUGGACCUCAUGUACUCAGCGAAAUUUGGGCUUGAAGAUAGAGG